UCGUAGCGGGUGGCUGCUGCUGUGAGGUGGUUGUGGAAGGUGUGAGGAGGCUGUGCGUUAAUAAAGGUAUCCAUGGAGAACACUGAAAACUCAGUGGAUUCAAAAUCUAUUAAAAGUUUGGAACUAAAAACCAUACAUGGAAGCAAAUCAGUGGACUCUGGAAUAUCCCUGGACAACAGUUAUAAAAUGGAUUAUCCUGAGAUGGGUUUAUGUAUAAUAAUUAAUAAGAAGAAUUUUCAUAAAAGCACUGGAAUGGCAUCUCGGUCUGGUACAGAUGUUGAUGCAGCAAACCUCAGGGAAACAUUCAUAAACUUGAAAUAUGAAGUCAGGAAUAAAAACGAUCUUACACGUGAAGAAAUUGUAGAAUUGAUGCGUAAUGUUUCUAAAGAAGAUCACAGCAAAAGGAGCAGUUUUGUUUGUGCGCUUCUGAGCCAUGGUGAAGAAGGAAUAAUUUUUGGAACAAAUGGACCCCUUGACCUGAAAAAAAUUACCAGCUUUUUCAGAGGGGAUUGUUGUAGAAGUCUAACUGGAAAACCCAGACUUUUCAUUAUUCAGGCCUGCUGUGGUACAGAACUGGACUGUGGCAUUGAGACAGACAGUGGUGUUGAGGAUGACAUGGCAUGUCAUAAAAUCCCAGUGGAGGCCGACUUCUUGUAUGCAUACUCCACAGCACCUGGUUAUUAUUCUUGGCGAAAUUCAAAGGAUGGCUCCUGGUUCAUCCAGUCGCUUUGUGCCAUGCUGAAACAGUACGCCGACAAGCUGGAAUUUAUGCACAUUCUUACCCGGGUUAACCGAAAGGUGGCAACAGAAUUUGAGUCCUUUUCCCUUGAUGCUACUUUUCAUGCAAAGAAACAGAUUCCAUGUAUUGUUUCCAUGCUCACAAAAGAACUGUAUUUUUAUCACUAAAGAAAUGGUUGGUUGGUGGUUUUUUCAGUUUGUAUGCCAAGUGAGAAGACGGUAUAUUUGGUACUGUAUUUCCCUCUCAUUUUGACCUAGUCUCAUACCGCAGAGGGUACUUUAAGGCAUACUCCUUCCAUCAGGUGGAACCACUGUGAAGCUACCUCAAACUUACAGCCAGGUAGUUGCAAUUGAAUUAAAUUAGGAAUAAAUAAAAAUGGAUACUGGUGCAGUCAUUAUGAGAGGCAGUGAUUGUUAAUUUACAGCUUUCGUGAUUAGCAAGUUGCAGAGAUGCUGUGCUAUGAAUUUUCAAGUAAUCGUGAAAAAGUUAAACAUUGAAGUAAUGAAUUUUUAUGAUAUUCCCCCCACUUAAGACUGUGUAUUCUAGUUUUGUCGAACUAUAGAAAUGAUGACGUGGAAGAACUUAGGCAUCUAUGGGCAUGGUCAAAGGCUCAAACCUUUUGUUUAGUAUUGAUAUACAAAGAUGACCUAACUGCAUUUUUAGACCAUUUAUCUGGGAUUAUGGUUUUAUGAUGUCUGUCCUGAACACUUUUGUUGUAAAAUAAUAAUA